AUGGCUAAGACAGGAGAAAACUUGAGAGACAAAUCUAGAUGGAGCCUUGGAGGCAUGACAGCUCUUGUCACCGGCGGCUCCAAAGGCAUCGGGGACGCCGUGGUGGAGGAACUGGCUACGCUUGGAGCAAGAGUCCACACAUGUGGCAGAGACGAAACUCAGCUUCAAGAACGCUUACGUGAAUGGCAAGCAAAAGGUCUUCAGGUCACUAUUUCUGUUUGCGACGUUUCUUCUCGUGCUCAACGAGAGGAACUCAUGAAAACUGCGUCCUCUGUCUUCCAAGGCAAGCUCAACAUCCUCGUGAACAAUGUGGGAACGUGUAUAACAAAACCUACCAUAGAGUAUACAGCAGAAGACUUUUCGUUUCUGAUGGCUACAAAUCUUGAGUCAGCUUUUCAUCUCUCACAGCUCGCUCAUCCUUUGUUAAAAGCCUCAGGCUCAGGGAGCAUCGUGCUCAUGUCCUCCAUUGUUGCAGUUGUGCAUGCCAAUUUUGGAUCCAUCUAUGGAGCAACCAAAGGUGAUAUAAACAUACUCCCUCUCUGGCAUUUUGAAGUUAUGCACACCUAUUAA